AUGUCAAUUCGGCAUCUAUCCAUCAGCUCGUCGGGCUCGUCCUCUCCCGUCCUUGCCUCCCUUGACUCCUCCUCAGCGCUCAUCCUCGUCCAUGACGACGACGACAACUUCCGUUACGACGACGACGACAACGACGACGACGACACAGAUGCCCCCUUCGAAAUCGGCAGGCCCUUCGUCCAGCCACUGGGACCUUCUGUGGUGCUACUGUACUUACUUUCACCGUUUUUGAAGCUCGGAGCGACGCUUUUGCCGUGCACAGAGCUUCCCCUGAAAUUGGGUCUCCCGGCAAUUUUUUUGUUCGCAGUUUUGGCUGCGUUCACAAGGAGGAUAUGGUAUAUGCUCACUCGGUAUACUCGGAAGGGCUGCGUUGAGGAUAUUGUUUUGGAUUCGUUUGCGAGGGGACGGGGCAGAGGGAAGGAACGGCUCCGCAGUGUUUUGCGAAGUACGGUACGGGGAGGCACCGGUGCGCUUCGAAUUUUCCUUGCUGCUUUGUAUAUACGUGAUUCUGCUGAGGGUCUGCUCCCUUUACUUCCGUCCGGCCUGCCAUUUUCUCCCGAACCCGUCUUGUGCAUUGGUAUCGCGGUUGUUGUUCUGCCGUUCUGCCUCGCUCAGUCUCUUGCCUCCAAGCGAAUUGUUUACUGCACCGGAUGUUCCGUUCUCACCUACAUGCUUUGGCUCUCACUAGUCACCAUCGCGCAUUUUAAGGGGACACUGAAAACGAACUCUGGCUGGACCAAGAUGGGCUCUCUUUGGCAAGGAAUCACCACGAUUGCUUUUGCGUUUACGUCGUCAAGCACGCUCGCUUUGUAUGCUUCUUUGAAAGCUGGCAUACCUUCCAUCACGACAACUCAUAGACCGAUAUCACAUUCAUUUAUGCCUCUUUCACUUAUCUCUGCAGCCAUAGCCAUUCUCCUGACAUUCCCGCUGAUGAUUUUUGCCUCGCCUUCGGGCCAGCUGCGGAUUGAACAGUCGGAGUACUCCCUGGACCCGUACAUCAUAUGCUUGAACGGGUUGACGCUGUUACUUGGCGUCCCUUCGAUACUCGUCACUUCGCCGUCUGUUCCCAUUCCAGAACGCAUCAGGCAGUCAACCAACGUGCCAUUGUCUAAACUUGCCAUAUUCACACUCACCACACUUCUGUCGCUGGUUCCGACGACAAUGUUCGCUGUCGUAAGCGAUGUACUCCUGGCGUGUUGUCUCUGUAGCACAUAUAUAUUGCCAGCAUUCUUGCAUAUCGUUAUCCAUUAUUUCAAACAGCCUUUGUCAAUCAUUAUGCCCUCAACACCUGGCACUCGACACGGCAGCGGAGAGGGCUCGCCGUCAUCACAUGAUGAACUUCUGCAGCGGAAGGAGCGUUCUCUUCAACGACGUCAGAUACGGAAGCGUAUUAUUUGGGAUAUGGGUGUGUGGGUUCUUCUGUUGCCUGUUGGUGGUGGGGGAUUUGUUUGGGCCAUCGGACAUCUUGCUGGAAAGUGGUAG